AGAGCCCUUUUUGAUUGCGAGCGGCCGUAGCGGGGCAGAGGCGGCGGCGCGGGACCUGCAGUCGCCCAGGAUUCCCUCCAGGUGACGAUGCUCUGGUUCUCCGGCGUCAGGGCUCUGGCUGAGCGUCCCUGCCGGCGCUCGCCUGGGAUUACCUGCUGCGUCUUGCUGCUGCUCAAUUGCUCGGGGGUCCCCAUGUCUCUGGCUUCCUCCUUCUUGACAGGUUCUGUUGCAAAAUGUGAAAAUGAAGGUGAAGUCCUCCAAAUUCCGUUCAUUACGGACAACCCUUGUAUAAUGUGCGUCUGCCUGAACAAGGAGGUGACCUGUAAGAGAGAGAAGUGCCCUGUGCUGUCGAGGGACUGCGCCCUGGCCAUCAAGCAGCGGGGAGCCUGCUGUGAGCGGUGCAAAGGUUGCACCUAUGAAGGAAAUACCUAUAACAGCUCCUCCAAGUGGCAGAAUCCUGCGGAACCCUGUGUCCUGCACCAGUGCCAGGAAGGCGUUGUCACGGAGUCUGAGGUGCGCUGUGUCGUUCACUGUAAAAACCCUUCUAAGCCCCUGGGAGCGUGCUGCCCGACGUGUCCAGGCUGUGUGUUUGAGGGUGUGCAGUACCGAGAAGGGGAAGACUUUCAGCCAGAAGGAAACAAAUGCACCAGGUGUUCCUGUGUUGGAGGCAGGACACAGUGCGUGCGAGAAGUCUGUCCCAUUCUCUCCUGUCCUCAGCACCUUAGCCACAUCCCCCCGGGACAGUGCUGCCCCAAAUGUUUGGGUCAGAGGAAAGUGUUCGAUCUCCCGUUUGGAAGCUGCCUCUUUCGCAGUGAUGUUUACGACAACGGAUCUUCAUUUCUCUACGAUAACUGCACUGCGUGCACCUGCAGGAAUUCUACUGUAGUAUGCAAGAAGAAGUGCUCCCACCCCGGUGGCUGCGACAAGGGCGCGGGGGCCUGUUGUGAGGAGUGCCUCCUACGUGUGCCCCCAGAGGACAUCAAAGUGUGCAAGUUUGGCAACAAGAUUUUUCGGGAUGGAGAGAUGUGGUCCUCUGUCAACUGCACCAUCUGUGCUUGCGUGAAAGGCAGGGCGGAGUGUCGCAAGAAGCAGUGCGCCCCCAUCAGCAGCUGCCCGCAGGGUAAAAUUCUCAACAGAAAAGGAUGCUGUCCUAUUUGCACUGAAAAGCCUGGCGUUUGCACGGUAUUCGGAGAUCCCCACUACAACACUUUUGACGGACGGACAUUUAACUUUCAGGGGACGUGUCAGUACGUUUUGACAAAAGACUGCUCCUCCCCUGCCUCGCCCUUUCAGGUGCUGGUGAAGAACGACGCGCGCAGGACCCGCUCCUUCUCCUGGACCAAGUCGGUGGAGCUGGUGCUGGGCGCCGGCACCGUCAGCCUCCAGCAGCACCUGACCGUGCGCUGGAACGGCUCGCGCAUCGCGCUGCCCUGGCAGGCGCCGCUCUUCCACAUCGACCUGGACGGCUACCUCCUCAAAGUGACGACAAAAGCAGGUUUGGAAAUAUCCUGGGAUGGAGACAGUUUUGUCGAAGUCAUGGCUGCCCCCCAUCUCAAGGGCAAACUCUGUGGUCUCUGCGGCAACUAUAAUGGACAUAAGCGUGAUGACUUAAUUGGUGGAGAUGGAAACUUCAAGUUUGAUGUGGAUGACUUUGCCGAGUCCUGGAGGGUGGAGUCCAAUGAGUUCUGCAACAGACCCCGGAGAAAACUGGUGCCUGAACUGUGUCAAGGAACAGUGAAGGUGAAGCUCCGAGCGCAUCGAGAAUGCCAGAAACUCAAAUCCUGGGAGUUUCAGACCUGCCACUCAACAGUGGACUAUGCUACUUUCUAUCGGUCUUGCGUGACAGACAUGUGUGAGUGCCCAGUCCAUAAAAACUGCUACUGCGAGUCGUUCCUGGCGUAUACCCGUGCCUGCCAGCGCGAGGGCGUCGGCGUCCACUGGGGGCCGCAGCAGAGCUGUGCGGCCACACAGUGUAAGCACGGGGCUGUGUACGAUACCUGCGGCCCAGGAUGCGUCAAGACCUGCGACAACUGGAAUGAGAUUGGUCCAUGCAGUAAGCCAUGCGUUGCAGGUUGCCACUGUCCAGCAAACUUGGUCCUUCACCGGGGAAGGUGCAUCAAGCCAGUCCUUUGUCCUCAGCGGUGACCCUUGCUCAGCAGCUUAAGACUUUGAAACCUGGUGUUCUUGACACUGAAGUGGAAGGGCCAAUGAAGGACUGCAGCGUUUGCAUGCCGAUUCUGCAAACCCGCUCACACGGAGUAUAUAGGUGUACAUAUAUAGAUAUAUAGAUAUAUUCAGAAACAUUUCCUCACUUAUAUAAACUAUAGGUGGAUUAUUAUAUGUAUAUUUUUUGCUAUAAGACACGUAUUGUUUCUAGAAUCCUAAUCUGUAAGCCAUUGGAUACAGUGUAUAAAUAAACCAGGUGUGUUUAAUUUAACAAGGCAGCAUGCAGACAUAUUGGAGGGCUUGAACGUCACAUACAUUGUCAUUUUUAGGGAAGUCUUCUAAAAACCCUGAAUUGCCUGCCUGCGUAAUUUUACCUCUGAAUCAGGAUCUGCAGUGGAGGGAGAAAUGUGUCUCUCUAGAGAAGGGCAGACUGGUCUAGGGGUGUGCCAGGAUUCCAAAGAAAGGGGUGCCUACCUGGGAUUGGCGGUCAGUGGUCAGUAGCAGGCCCUAUGGUGCAUGUAAAGUGAGGCGCAGGAUGUCAGAGUUUAUUGGGUCAGGGUCUGAUAUUAUUUCCCAAACCAAUGGGCUAGUUGCCAAGAAAUAAUAUAUUUGCUACUAGCGCAUAGCCAAAGAAUCAAAUGGUUUCUUGCCAUCCUUGUGCAUUCCUUGCGUCUCCUAAUUACCUGUGUGUGUGUGUGAUGGAUGGGCCUGCUCACAUGUUGCCCACUGAGAUGAAGGGUGUCUGAGGGACAUGUUGGUUCCACUGGGCAUGAGCAGAGAUUUGGAGAAACUGUUGCACAACAUGGGGAAAAAAAUCGGUUUCUCUGAACCUCAGCAAUUUAGGACGGGCAAAUGCAAUGAGUCAAUAUAAGCCAUCUGCAUUUUGUGAUGGCUGUUUUGGUAAAAUGAAAGCCUUCGAUUAUUUCUGGAGGAUUCUCAGUUCAGUGCUACUUGGUGACUGUUGAUAUGUCAUAAUUAUUGGACAGAAAGAAAGCCUUUACUGACCAGUUGAUUUAACCUCAGUCCAAACAAAGAACGGUCUAUAUACUUGCUCUAGCAUCCUGAAAGGUUGCUAUUAGUCACCAUGUGAUUUUCCUGACUUGUUUUCAGCUGACUAAGUGAAAAUGUCAACAAAACAAAACCCACCAAUGUCUAAAAAUAAAAUGUUCUGCAUUGAAGUAAAUAAAGGGCUUAAGACUUAAAA